CGGCCCCCUUAGAGUUGUUUUGCUGGAAAGGGGGUUGGGGUUUACCUUCUGUUGAUCCUGACAGUCUAAUAGUUUUGACCUGCCUGGUCCAUCCUGAUGCCCUACGUCUGGCUGGAGUCUCAUCACAUCGCUCCUGUGGAGGACGGCCCCAUAUGGACAGUCAAAAGUCGCACUUGGAAGAUGCUCUGGACACUUACAGCAUAUGCUCGAUUUGCUGGAACCCCACUGAAAGUUCACAAGAUCGCCAACCCCUGGAGGAGUCCCACGGGUUCACUCCCUGCUUUGAAGACUGAAGAGGAUGGGAGCUUUUCUCAUCCCAGCAAGAUUAUCAUUCAGCUCAGGAAACAGAAAUACAAUGCAGACUACGAUCUGUCCGUGAAAGAAGGAGCUGACAUGCUUGCUUUUAUCUCUCUGGUGGAGGAAAAGCUGAUGCCUGCUCUGAUUUAUGCUCUGUGGAUCGAGCCGAAGAACUAUGUCGAGGUGACGCGUCCCUGGCAUGCAGAAAACAUCACCUUUCCACUGAACUUUUUCCUGCCGAGCCGCAUGCAGUGCCAGCACCUGGAGAGAGUGCGACUCAUGCGGGGAAACGGCACUCUGGAGGCCGGCGAGGAGGCUGAGAAAGAGCUGUACAGUGAUGCUCUGGAGUGCAUGAAUCUUCUCUCUCAACGCCUCGGGUCAAACAGAUUUUUCUUCGGGGACUCGCCUUCCUCCCUCGAUGCCUAUGUGUUUGGUUACUUGGCACCUCUACUGAAGAUCAGGCUGCCCAGCAGCGGACUGCAGCAGCACCUAAAGACUCUGGACAAUCUGACCAAGUUCUGCUCCAACAUCCUGUCCCUGUACUUCCCCGAUGAGAAUCGAGAAGGAGUGAGUCAGCCGGCAUCCAAUGUGCAGGAGAGCAGUGACUUUGACCAUGAGCCUUAUAAGAGAGGCAAGCAACUGCUGUCCAUCCUGGUAGCUGCAGCAGCCAUGCUGGGCUAUGCUCUCCUCACAGGCAUUGUUGCUAUUGAACAUGUGAAGGAGAAAGAGUCAAAAGGAAACACUGUCUCCACUGAACUUCAGGAUGAAGAGGAAGAGUGAUGGAAGGAGGAAUGGGAAAUAAUUUAUCUGGUGGACAGAGAUCUUCACUGGCGAUUCACACUAUGAGGAAGGUUAAGAUUGCAAUGUGUCUUUCUAGUCGGAGAAAUUUGAAUGGGAUUCAGGAUUUGCUCUGUUUUCCCCUGCAUAUAUGACAAUCAUUUAUUUCUCUCUUUUUCAGUUCUUUAUUAUGUGGUGCAAUAACAGUUUCUUGUUUCUACAUUAGUGACAGUAGCUUUUCAGUGGACCACACCAUACCAAAUGUACGAUGAAAGAUACUGUUCUAUGAUCUGACUUGAAAGUGAUGAUUCGAUAUGGCCGGUACUUUCUUAGGCUACAUCCACACGACAACGGCAACGAGAUUUUUUUUUAAAUAUCGCGUCCACAUGGGCAACGGAUCAGUAAAAUAUCAGGUACAUAUGGCAACGCAACGCUUGCUGAAAACGAUGCAAUACACAUGCCACACCACUACGUGCGCUGUAAGACGGUCCCAUCGGAGACACCAGAACAAUAGAAGUAGUAGGACGCAUGCGCAUAAACCCCUUCUUCUGUAGCAUCAGCCACAUAAAGUUUUGAUUAUUAAUCAGUAGUGUAAAAUAGUAUCUAUUGUCUAAGACACUUAUUUAUAUUUCAUAUUAAAACGUCUAUGUAAAUUAAUACAUAGAAAGCCUGGCCAGGCGCUGAACAUUCUUCUGCCUUCACUUUAAGAGAAAUUCAGGGCGAGCAUGAGCCUAGGUUCUUCCCUGUCACUCACCCUGUCACUGUCAUACGCACACACCUUCUCACUCCCUAUCCUAUGGAUAUAGUCCCUUUAAAUCACGUGCUCAUUUUUUGAAUGGAGACGUGGAAAGAGGAAUGAAUGGGGGUAGAUGGAAGCCGGUACGCCAACAUUCUGAUAUCCUCCAGAAUUCUUUAAUGGUCCGGAAUAAAUUGAAUGCUACACGUUGAUGGAUUACUUUGUUCUUCUACGCCCUUUUUGAGGAAUGUAUUGUCGGACUUAAACCAACAUCUGAAGAGGUGAGAUCGCUCCUUUUUUUUUCCUUUUUUCCUUUUUAUUUGUUGACAACUCGCAUAGAGUUCAUUACACUUCUACCCGGCGUUAAGCACUCACAGUCAUGUGGUUGUGACGUCAUCGUAAACAAAUCCGUUCUACUUAUCCAGACGACUUCGUAACGGCGCCGUUGCCAGAUUUUUCUGCUCUGGAACCCGUUCUCAAAAGAUUUCGUUUUGGGGCACCCAAAACACCGGUGCCGUGUGGACGCCAGGCCGAAACGAUAAACAAUUCUAUCAGAUUCACCUGAAUCCGUUGCCGUGUGGACAGGGCCUUAGUGGGUUAUAGACUAGGUGGUAAAUACUGUACUUUAAUUGAAAUAUUGCUUUCAUCUAGUAAAGAUUUUGGCCAAAUUCCAUUGGUAGACCAACUAAUAACAUCUCGACUUGAUCUGUUCAUAGCACUUGGGUGAAAACCUCUUUUGCCUUGUCCGCUGAGACGCACAUUCCUGCUGAUCUUUACAGUGUUUAAGCCAAUAAUGAUAUCCAGGGGACAAUGGUGCUUAGGUCACUGAUUUUUAUUUAUUAUUUUUGUAUUAAUAUUUUUGUUUGUUCCAAAGGACAUUGUAAGACGAUGUUUGAAACAUGAGUUUUAAUAAAGUGUUAUUUGCCUGGUUGCAACAAAA